AUGUGGUGGUGGACGUAUUGGCUUGAUGUCCUCAGCAAUCCAUUCGAAUACCUGAGCCUUUCAUCACCUGAAUUACCCAGCUCAGGCGUGAUGUUAUGGAUUGUUGUGGGAGCAAUCAUUAUUCGUUUUUUGCACAUUUUCGGCUCGCCUGCAGUGCCCGAAGUGACAGUGUUGGAGAAAUCCCAAAACACCGCUAUGAAAAACCUUUUAAAUGGGAUUGAUAUGCUGAAAGAACCCUAUCGCCCACCAGGUCUGUGGGGACGAUCGGGUCACCUACAAACGGUCACAUACGGCUUGCUUGGCCAUGCUUCACUUCGACGAGUCUUCGAUCGACGGGCAGCCAUUCGACUCGCUGACGGCUCCACCGUAACCUUCGACGUGUUUGAGCCAACAAAUAAGCACGAGAAUGGUCUUGAUAUUACCCUGGCACUUACUCCUGGAAUAGCUAACUGCAGUGAGAGCAACUACAUUCGAACCUGCGUGCAUUAUGCUCAAGAACGAGGGUAUGAUUGUUGA